UAUGACACUAUUGUCUGUUUUUCUUCUACUCAUGGUCGGUUUUGUUGACGUGACGACAGCUCAGCGUGUCUUGCGUCACUUCUCGCUUUACGGCAGAGCGUGGUGCUGGAGGUCAGGAGCUUGAGGAGGCUAACAUCAGUUCAGGACUCUAACUCUGUUUUCAUUCAUAAAACCCACUCAGGAUCACACAGACACAUCAACAGGACGACGUGUGUUGGUGUCGGUGACUCCAGCUGCUCGUCGUUGAUCAGUUUGUCUUGUAUUUCGAGUAUUUAUUGGGACUAGCAGCUCUCUGCUAACUGUUAGCCACAUCAGCUCAGCUAGCAGCUCCAGUGUUUCACAGGUGACUCCUCACCGUCGGUUCUUCUGCAGACAUGGACAACUCACAGGGAUCUGGAGGAGCAAAAGGAGGUUUUGGGAGUCUGUUUGGAGGAGGUGCACCUGAAUACUCCAACACAGAGCUGGCUGGAGUUCCCUUGACUGGAAUGAGUCCUCUGUCCCCUUAUCUCAACGUCGACCCUCGUUACCUGGUUCAGGACACAGAUGAGUUCAUUCUGCCUACAGGCGCCAAUAAAACAAGAGGGAGGUUUGAACUGGCUUUCUUUACCAUUGGAGGAUCCUGCAUGACUGGAGCUGCAUUCGGAGCUUUAAAUGGUCUGAGAGUGAGCCUGAAGGAGACUAGAGACAUGGGAUGGUCCAAACCUCGCAAUGUACAGAUUCUCAACAUGGUGACCAGACAGGGUGCUUCAUGGGCCAACUCUCUGGGCUCAGUUGCCUUGUUAUAUAGUGUUUUUGGCGUGGCGAUAGAGAAGGCCAGAGGAGCAGAAGAUGACAUUAACACAGUGGCUGCUGGGACGCUAACUGGGAUGCUCUUUAAAUCAGCCAGUGGCCUAAAGGGUGUGGCCCGAGGAGGUCUGGCUGGUUUAGCCUUGUCUGGUGCCUACGCUCUCUACAGCAACUGGGACCACAUCACCGGCUCCCCCUCUCCCUCCAGGCUGUAUUAACUUCCUCCCACAUACAUCUACUUCUACACUUAGGGCCAAAUAUCUCUCCGGGACACCGCCUUUAACCACAGCGCUAAGAGGAAUUAGACUCUGGUCAAAUGCAGUGUGCUUUUCAGGGAAGUGUGGGUCGGUCCCAAUUCGCUGGUUCCCCUUCUGUAACCACUUUCCUUUCCUGGAGCACUCUGGGGAAUUAAAAGAAGAUUGGACUAAAUUCCUCUGUGAAUCCAGAUGACCGUCCUGUAACACCCCUCUCCUCAUAAUAUCCUCCGUCACUGAUGUGAUCAGUAAUGAGAAGACACCGUGGGGAUGUUUUAUAGAGGUGUGUUUGUUCUAUCAUUGUUUAUGGGAGUCUUAUUAGUCUUCUUUGAUGCUAGUUUUGAAAUCAAUGAACCCAUGAUGUUUGGGUUAAAUGAGCCAAUUUGUAAGAUGACAUCUGGUGUGUGUGUGGUUCACCAGAUGAAUGUACUGAUUCUGGACUGAAAGACUCUUCUGUAGUAGAAGAGCAAAGAGAUUUUCAUCUACGAUCUACAGACAGAGCUUAGCCUUAUCGGGUCAGCUCUACUCAUAUUUAUUGAAGCGUAUCUGCAGUGGUUUCUGUUGCACUGCAAGAAGAAAUCACUGUAAAGCUGUUUAUGUGUCUCCAUCAAAUCCAUUGUGUUGAAAAAUAUAUUAAAAAAAAUUGGAAAUGUU